UUUCCUUUAUUCCGUUAGGGCUGCUAACUUCUUACCUCCUAAAGCCUUAGCACCGCCUUCACUCCGACAUUUGAGACCUGAAUUCGUUCGUAUCUUCGAAUGACUGGAAACAAGCGAAAGACUCAUCUGCCUCCUAGUAGCAUCAAUGUACAACGAUUUGCGGAAGCGCGAAAUACUGAAAUUGAAUCUCUUCACUCAAUUAUCAAAGAUCGUUUGAACAAUGAUUUUAGUUCUCAGAGAAACAAGAGGAGAAGAACAACUGGGCAUGACAACAGACAAGGGAGAAACAAAAGACAUCCAAACAAACAGAGAUUGUCGCAGGAUGCUGACUCUUCAGGCAAUAUUAACAGUAAUCACGAGGAGUCCAAAAAGGGUCAAAAGAAGCUUCUUCCACGUCGUAUUCGACGAAGAAUUGAACUUAAGAAAAACCCUGAGAGUGGAUUUACAAGUUCAGAGGAUGGAACAAAGAGAUUGAGAACUCAUGUAUGGCACGCUAAACGCUUCUCCAUGAUAAAGCUUUGGGGCUUCCAUCUACCAAUGGGUUUGCAAGGCAGAGGAAGGGGUUCAAGGGCAUUACUUAAACGAACUAGAGAUGGUGUGCUAUUACAUGAUGCAAGCUACUUUAGUGCGGUCCAAUUGGAGGGUUCACAGGAAGCAAUUUUGUCCAUACUGAGCAUGGUGCUGACACCUUCGCCUGCAUCCUAUGCUGAUGAUCUAUCUGCUUCUGUAGUAUCUGGGGCUAUUCAUAGGAAUGCUAUGCUACAUCAUGUUGGAAGCCCCCUUUCUCAUGCAAUUGCUCCUGUGAUAUAUAUGUGGCGACCAUUUUCUCAUGAUAUCAGAACCAAUCAUGAGCAGCAGACUGCUGACAGCACUGUUUCUUUGCGUCAAUUAUGGGUUUGGAUACAUGCAUCCGCAUUCACUGAAGGAUACAAUUCAAUAAAUUCUGCUUGUCAGGAACUGAAGAAAGAGACGGAUAUCUCAAUCAACUGUUGUUCUCUUGAGGGUCAAUUAGCAAAGCUAGAACUUAUGGGAUCCAAAGCACUUCAACUACUCCAAAAGAUAUUGAUUCCUGUUACCUCUGAUACCAAAGUUGCUGAUAUCUCCUGGCAGAUAAGUAAACAUGGGAGACAAAUUUGUGCCGAGAUGAUUAUGGACAAGAGUGAAGAUCAUAUUCCUCCUUGUGCAGUUAUUCCUCUUUUUGUUUGUGAUCCUCGUUUAUCCAUGGAGAAUAAUUCAAAACUUGAUACUUGUUUAAUUUCAAGUAAAUCUGAUAAUGUGAGAGAAGAAGAUGGAGGAGAAGAAGAUUAUGCUGGUUUAGCAGAAAUGUCAGAGAAGAAUGUAGAGCUCCCAACCUCAUUGUCAAUGCUGGAGGGAAAUGAUCAUGAAUCUUUGGCGGUGAACUUGUGGGAUGUUGGCAAAGGGAUGAUACAUCCUCCCUUGGAAACAAACAUCCUUGACAUGGAAAAACAUGAUCAGAAGCUGUUGAGAUUUGGUCUUGGAAAUGCCAGUUUAGAGAGGCAGGUCUCUUUAUCUGAAACAAAGCUUGGUAGAUUCUGUCCUAUUCUACUUCUGAAUGAUUCUACUCAAAUGGGCCCUUCUGAGAGAUGGUCGAUAAUUCUCCCUUUGAGUUGGGUAAAAGCAUUUUGGCUUCCUUUAAUCACCAAAGGUGCCCAUGCGGUUGGUUUAAGGGAGAAGCAAUGGAUAUCCAGUGAAGUUGAACUACCCAGUUUUCCUUUAGAUUUUCCUGAUUGCAAUGCUUAUUCUCAAUUAAUGGCUACAAAGGCUGUUGUUUCUGAUGAAAAAUUUAGUCUACGUCCUCCUGCUCAUCGACCUUUAAGUGUUCCUCCGUCACCCCCUUGGGAAAGCAUUCAUUUUGCUUUUGAUGAAAAAUCAAUCGAAAAGGAAAAUGCUGAAGCAUAUAAUGAAAACCACGGUAGUUUGACUGAAGGGUUUGUGGCGAGAACCUCUAGUUCGUUGGCUCAUUUCCUAACUGAAAACCAAGAGAGCGAUAUGUUGUUAUUCCCACAUGGGCAUAAUAACGAGAGAAAUGAUAUUACUAAGACGAUGGGAGAGCAUGAGAAGAAGGACUCCUCUUCCUUAUUUGAAAACAGAAGGAUGUCGUCAACUAAAGGAAGAAAAAUGUGCUUUGUGAGAGUUAUUUUGCAUGCCUUUAGGGAAGGUGUUUUUGAAGAUGGAGCAAUCAUAUGCGCUGCCAAUGUCACGGAUAUAAACCUAUGGCUUGAUGCAAGAUUGGAGAAUCGUGAAGGAGAAGUUCAAAUUAGUCAGUCGUUGGUGAGCUCAUAUUUUGUACAGAAAUCGUGUGGGAAAUGGGAAGUCCAAUUGGCGGAGGAUCCAGAGGAGAGAAAAUGUCACAGGUGGCCAAUCGGGUUUGUGACGAGUGGAUUUGUUCAGGGAAGUAAGAAGGGUGGAGCAGUUGGUUUGUGCGAAGCGAGACUGCUUGGUUAUACAAGAGAAGCUCAGUGGAAUGAGAUGGCUGUAGAGAAAAGGAGAAAAGAGAUAUUUGUUCUGGUUAGGAAUAUGAGGUCUACUGCCUAUAGACUUGCUCUUGCCACUAUCAUUCUUGAACAACAAAAUCAGGAUUUGGUAUCUAUGUGAAACCCUUUGUUUUUUGGAGUGUUUUUGAGUUAGAUAUUUAGGUAUCUAUUAGAAAAGAAGAAAAAAGGUCUCAUUUUUGUUAGGAAUGAUAUGCAAUCCUCAUGGGAUUGACUACUGCUGUUGCACAUUAUAAUAUUGACAUUGU